AUGUUCUGCCAUCCAGUUGUUGCAAUGACCCUGGUUCAAGAUUGGGUCAAAAAGGAUCCCAGCCAAGCGGCAAACAUAUACUCCCUUAUGUACACUUUGGAGCACCUGGAAAGAAGUUAUAUUGGGGGCUACUGCAAAGAUAACGAAUACGAAAGGGAGUGCAAUAAUGUCUUAGGACUGGUCAAACUACUCCAGGAUGUGGACAAGGACGUGUUUAGCAUGUUUCAGAAGGAAUUCAACUUGGGAUUUGAUUUGGCCUUGAACAGAAUUAAGGUUGGAUUUCCAGCCACGCAAAUCAGUAAUAUGAAACAGCAGAAUCAGGUGCGAAGAAAAGUUGAAAUAUUUGACCUGAGUGGCUAUUUUAUUACAUUCAUGGAUGCUCUGAAGCUGAAGACGAACUCAGUUGGAGAGUUGUUCCCACUCUUACACGUUCUUGUCGAUUCUAUUCAAAAACUCGAAUGCUCUGGGCCCAAUAAUCAGAUAUGGAAUCUCAAGUCGUUGGACAGGCUAAAGGGUUGGUACUCAGUUUUGGACUCUAAAAAGGCGCACGAAGAACUAAGUGAAGAGGAAAUGAAGCAGCUGAUGAUGGAUACUGAGUCCUCCUAUAGUUCUUACAGAAGCCUGCGUCCGGGUGCAACUAGACAGAGCAUAAAGGCCUCGAAAACGAAUAAAAUUGUCACAAAAAAUGAUCCAAAACCAUGUAUUUACGAUGGGCCAGGUCCAAAAAAAUUUUUUCAACUCAUAUCGCUAUCACCAAACAACUCGGAUGACCAAGACAGCAAGGGCCAUUUGAACGAAACCAACUGGAAUAACGCAGAAAAGGGGCAUAUACAUUACGUAUACCGUAAUGAAGGCCCUCUAGGGUCGUUAGGAGUAAAAGAUUUAUCGCAACAUAAUCCUACACAUUCGUCGUAUUGUGCUAAAGCAGAGACCGCAGACUGUGAAUCUGACAACAGUAGCGAUGCUGUAACAAAUACCUCAUUGGAUAAGGAUUAUGGGACUCUAAAUGACAGCCCAUAUCGACGGUCUAAAAAAGGCAAUAGCAAGUUGCUGAGUAGCAUUUUGGACACCCUCAACCUGUCCACUGGUCACAGUAAGCUCAUUACUGAAUCUGGUAACAGCAGUGCCAAUAACAAUAACAGUGUGCCAUCUGAGGAUACCAUAAAAGGUACAACCAACACACAUUCAAUCGCACCUCAUGUUGACAAAAAGUGUAUUGCAGUCCCUCACCUUAGGCAUGUUCAGUAUGCCCUCUCCAUUGAUGUUGGAACUCCACCACAGUCUAUUUAUCCCAUCAUAGACACUGGUAGCACCAACACAUGGGUCGUAAGUAGGAAGUGUAUGUCGGAUACUUGCAAGUCCGUAAAGUCUUUCGACUCAAGUCUUUCCUCCACUUUUGGGAGUUUGGGCGACGAUAUAAGAAUAAGAUUUGGAACAGGUGUUAUUAGAGGCUCCUUGGGCCUGGAUAACGUAAAAAUAGGGGACGACCUCGUGGAAAAGCAGGUUUUUGGAAUGGUAAACGAGGAGAUAUCGGAACCACAUAAGAACGUUUUUAAGGUUAUAAAUUUCCAAGGGAUUAUCGGACUUGCCUUUCCCAGAUUAGCAUUUGACCAUCGCACAUCACUUUAUGAUAAUUAUUCGAAGAAGAUUGGAGCCGAUUUGACAUUUGGUAUUUAUUUUUCAGACAAUAACAGCGGAUUAAUGAUCGGUGGUGUCGAUAAACGUUUCUGCGAUUCGGACGUUGUCAUGUUGCCCGUUGUUCGUGAAUACUAUUGGGAGAUUAAACUGAAGGAAAUAUGGGUCGGCGAUGUUAAGUUAUGUUGUACUGAAGAAUCUUAUGUAAUUUUUGACUCUGGAACUAGCUUUAACACGAUGCCACAUGAUGAGUUUAUGGAGUUCAAAAAAAUUGUGUCGCCCAAGUCCUGCCACAACCCAGUAUCUCCUGAUGAUCUGGAUCAGUUUCCCAUAAUUAAAUACGUUUUCGACGGGGGUGUUGAACUAGAUAUCUCUCCCAGGGAAUAUGUUUUUUUGCAUAAAAAUAAGUGCAGGAUUGCCUAUAUGCAAAUUGACGUCCCAUCAAGCUACGGCCGUGCCUUUAUACUUGGAACCCACGCUUUUAUGGAGAAUUAUUUGACAGUCUAUAAAAGAUCCACAAAUAAUUCACCGGCAAUGGUUGGGUUUGCCAAAUCUAUACCAUCGGACAGAUUACCUUCAGAACUUAAAAAACUGUUCAGUCACUAA